AUGACGAUCCAUGGUCCGGGCACUGCUAACCCCAACGUCGUACACUUGGCUGACUUCCAACCCCCCGCAAAAAUAUUCACGAUAUGGGAGCGACACCGACAUGCUAAAGCCCGUUGGCUCGCAGAGUGCUUUGCCGAGUUUGUCAGUGUUGGUUCAACGGCGCCGUGGGUGGUCGGAAAUGCUAUCGGAGAAACAGGGCUUUCCUCAAUUUUUCAGAUCGGAGUAGCCUAUGCUUCUGGGAUAGUCUUCGCCAUCUGCUUCUGCAGUGGAACAUCCGGUGGACAUUUCAAUCCUAGCGUUACCAUCGCCUGCUGUCUGUUCAAAGACUUCCCGAAGAUGAAAGGCCUCAGAUAUAUCGUGGCACAGAUCCUCGGAGGAUACGUCGCAUGCCUAUUGAUCUAUGUCCAAUACAAGCACCUGCUUGACGAGGCAGAGGGAGCCAUGAUGCUGGCUGGAACUUUUUCCGAGUUACAGUUUACGCCUAGGGCCCCCGCGGGAAUUUUUGGAUUGUAUCUUCUGCCGGGAGCGAAGAUGGGCCAGGUCUUCCUCAACGAGUUUGUAGCUGAUGUUAUGUUAGCCAUUGUGAUAUGGGGCUCUAUUGAUCCGACCAACAUUCUGGUACCCCCGCAGGCAAAGCCAUACGUGAUCGCUUUGGGAUACGCCGUGGCGAUAUGGGGAUUUUCUUUUCCCGGACUGGCAGCAAAUGCUGCGCGUGACGUAGGGGGGAGGUUAGCAGCACUGACCAUUUACGGACGCAAAGCUUCCGGGGGCUCAUACGCUGCUCUCGCUGCCCUAACGAAUGUCCCAGCAACGGUGGUUGGAGUGCUCCUGUAUGAGCUGUUUUUGGCAGACUCACAGAGAGCGGCCCGAUGA